GGUAGGUGAUUGCACUUAACCACCAUGCGAACAGCACAGUAAUUCUUUUUGGAACUUCAUAUUGACUCCAGCAGUUUUCUUUAAUUUGUUCUGUAAUCUUUUUUUAGACUGUCCACCCAGACUGACUUCUUUGUGUUCUCUUUUCUCUGUAGCUCAUUGGUCGGUGUGACAAGGCAGUCGUGAACAGAACUGCCAUCAGAACAACUUUCUGUCACAGAAAAAAAGCAGAGAAGAAACACCACUGGUGACCAGGAAUCAUUCACUGUGUUUCAAAAUCUCAUAUUUUCACAAGAAACUCUUUGAAAUUGUAAAACUGGGGCAUCCUGGUAGAAGAAAAUGUAGUCCUGCAAAGAGGGAACCUUUGUUCAACACAGUCAGGUCAGUGCGUGACCUUACCAGUGUUGGCCUGCUGAACAGGGACACCUAGAAACGCAGUGUGAAGACAAGCUGACUGCUGCCCACCUCUGUCAGUCUGUGUCAGGGACUCCUGUAGUAGUAUAUACUGGAUACUACAUACAUACUAGUACAUACUGGGUACUACAGAAGUAUUACUACUACUAUCAGGAUGCACAGCGUUUCCUGUGCCAGUACUAGUCUUGCCAGCAUACUGACAACCAGUAGACUUCCAUGGAGAAGACACUGCUUUAGUUCAGUACUGCACAGAUGUUUCAGCAAGACUUCGUCACACAUUUUAGAAAGAGACAGGGAGAGAAUUCAAGUACACAGAUGUUUCAGCAAGUCUGCCGCAUCUCACAAAGAAAGAAACAAUAACAGAAAGAGAUACAACCGGGCCACGGAGGUCAACUUUGACAACUUUGGCGCCUGGAACAACCGACUUAACUUGGAGAUUCUGAUGCAGCAGAGCAUCAAGCACGGCAAGCCCAUCCCGCGGAUCCAGCUGGACCAGGUGGGCUGGGCCUCCGAGCUUGGGAGACGGAAGGAGAACGAGGACAGGAUGAGCAUGGAUGAACUUGAACCCAACCUGCUGUACUUCGCCCUGUUCGACGGGCACGGGGGCAGCCUGACCGCGGACUACUGCCAGCACCACAUGGCUCUACACAUCAGGUACUGGCUGCGCCGGGAGAAAGACCUACAGACAGUUCUCCGUAGAGCGUUCACAGAACUGAACAACCUGUACACGCGCCACCUGUACCACCACGUCAUGACCGAGGGGGACGUUCCUCCGUGCGGGACGACCGCGACGGUCUGCCUGCUGCGUAACGGGAACGAGCUGGUCGUGGGGAGCGUCGGGGACAGUCGGGCGGUGCUCAGCCGGCGCGGGCGCGGGAUCAGUCUCACCCAGGACCACCAGCCGGACCGGAAGGGCGAGCGCGACAGGAUCAAGAAGGCGGGAGGGUUCGUGAGCUGGAACAGCGUGGGGAGACCGCAGGUCUGUGGGCGGCUCGCCAUGACGCGGAGCAUCGGCGACGUCGAGCUCAAGGGCUUCGGCGUCACGUCCAUCCCGGAGACGCGUUCCAUCGAGGUCGACCACGGCAAGGACGGGUUCCUAGUCCUCGCGUCGGACGGAAUCUCCUUCGUGAUGAGCGACCAGGAAAUGUGCGACUCCGUCAGCCGGUGCAAGAACCCGCCGGAGGCGGCGCACUUUGUCGCCGACCAGGCGCUGACAUUCGGAACGGACGAUAACGUGACCGCCAUGGUGGUGCCGUUCGGAGCCUGGGGGAAACACAGCGGGACUGGAACCAUCAACAGCUUCCACCGCAAUUUCAUCAGUUCCAGUCGAGCGUAGAAAUCAUACAAAACAUUAGAAUGUUGGAUGUGAAAACAUGAUGUUUGGAACGGACGAUAACGUGACCGCCAUGGUGGUGCCGUUCGGAGCCUGGGGGAAACACAGCGGGACCGGAACCAUCAACAGCUUCCACCGCAAUUUCAUCAGCUCAAGUCGAGCGUAGCAUAGUCUCCUCUGCUGCAGUACUACUUAUUGUUGCUCUGAAGGAGUUGACAGACGGUCACUGAAAUGUCAGAUAUGAAGACCUGACGUUUGGGAAACACAGCGGGACCGGAACCAUCAACAGCAAUCAUCACCGCAAUUUCAUCAGCUCAAGUCGGGCGUAGUCUGCUCUUGACUUGACUUAUGUCGGGCGCCAGUCCUCCAGUGUUCUACUCAUGUUAAAAUUGGUCUCCUUUGAUGAAUAAUUUCAUCAGGUUGACAUAAAGACAAAGGUUGGCAAGAGACUGUAAGAAGGUUCUUUAUUCAACAACCAGUAAGUUUUU